AGGCCUCUUUAUUUAGAAAACAAAAUUCAGUAUCUGUUCUUUUGACUUAGCUUCCACAAGAUAUUCAGUUUGUUUUAAAAUGGCUGCAGAUGAGAGCUACAGUUAUAUUGUUUCGGGUCAGAAUGAGAAGCACAGGAGGGCCAGAAACUGGACGGAUGCAGAGAUGAAAGGCCUGGUGCAUGUGUGGGAAGAGUAUGUCACAGAGCUCAAAAAGGCCAAAAGGAACGCAAAAAUCUAUGAAAAAAUGGCCAAGAGAUUCUUUGAUCUCACCGGUGAACAUCGCCACAGGGAAGAGAUAAAGAUGAAAAUUACGAACAUGACUUUCCAGUACAGGAAAAUGAAGUGUACGAGCAACGGAGGUGCUCCAUUGCCCGAAUGGCCCUACUUUAAAGCUAUAGACAAAAUACUCUCCAAAGCCCCGGAUCCUGGCAGGCAGCACACCUUCGACUUCCAGCAGUCCGGGCCUUCUACAUCCCACACAGAGGCGUCCCCUUCCCUCCCCGCCGCGUCCCCCGUGGGCUUCUUGCCGGAGUACACCGGCUCCUCCGACGAGCGCGAGCGGCAGGAGGAGGCGGAGGGCUCCGACACCUCCGGCAGCCUGCAGUCCCUGGAGUCCAGGUCACAGCAAGUCACGGUGAAGAGGAAGAAGGUUCUGCGCUCCACUCUGAAAAAGAAGAAGCUGAAGGUGCUGGAGGCCAUGCUGCAAGAGCAGAGGAAGUUGAGCCGGGCGGUGGAGGAGACCUGCAGGGAGGUGCGGAGGGUCAUGCACCAGCAGAACUUCCUGCAGGUGCAAAGCCUGCAACUGCAGGAGCGCAUGAUGAACCUGCUGGAGAAGAUGAUCUCGCCACCGGUCCAGCCGGCCGCCUGGCCCCACGCCGGGAUCAAGGAGCCAGGGCACGGUCAAGGCUGA